AUGAAUUACUCGGCCAUCUCCGCGGCGGCGCCGGCCCCAUUCGUGCUCCCGCUGAACCUGGCCGCAGACGAAGGCAGCCCGGAAUGGAUGAGCAAAGGCGACAACGCGUGGCAGCUCACCGCAGCCACUUUAGUGGGCCUGCAGAGCGUGCCGGGCCUGAUCAUCCUGUACGGCGGCGGGGUCAAGAAGAAGUGGGCCGUGAACUCGGCCUUUAUGGCCCUCUACGCCUUCGCGUGCGUGCUCUUCUGCUGGGUCUCCUGGGGGUACCGGAUGUCGUUUGGCGACACGUUGCUGCCGUUUUGGGGGAAGCCCAACGUGGCGCUCACCCAGGACUUCCUCCUCCAGCAGACGUACGGAGGCUACAAGUUCCCCAACGCUACGAUGGUCUACUUCCAGUUCGUGUUCGCCGCCAUUACGUUGAUCUUGAUCGCCGGCGCGGUGCUGGGGAGGAUGAAUUUCUACGCCUGGAUGAUGUUCGUGCCGCUCUGGCUGACGUUUUCGUACACGAUUGGGGCUUUUACGAUAUUUUGCCCCAAUGGGUUCUUGUUCAAGAAGGGGCUCAUUGAUUAUUCCGGUGGGUAUGUGAUUCAUUUGUCGUCUGGUGUCGCCGGCUUCACUGCUGCCUACUGGGACAGGGAGAGGUUCCCGCCGAACAACAUCAUCCUGAUGCUAUUCGGCGCCGGAAUGCUGUGGAUGGGCUGGACUGGGUUCAACGGCGGCGACCCGUUUGCAGUCAACGUGGACGCCUCGCUGGCAGUGCUGAACACACACGUCUGCACAGCCACAAGCCUGCUGACGUGGCUUACGCUGGACAUCAUCUUCUUCCGGAAAUCUUCCAUCAUCGGCGCCAUCCAGGGCAUGAUCACCGGCUUGGUGUGCAUCACCCCUGCCGCCGGCGUGGUGCAAGGAUGGGCCGCAAUCAUAAUGGGCCUGUGUUCGGGCUCGAUCCCGUGGUUCACGAUGAUGGUGGUCCACAAGAACUGGGAGCUCCUCCAGAAGGUGGACGACACGAUGGCCGUGUUCCACACCCACGCGGUGGCGGGCUCGCUGGGCGGGAUCCUGACGGGCCUGUUCGCCGAGCCCAAGCUCAACGACCUGUUCUACGCCACGUACGGGGAGUACAUGGGCCUGUUCUACGGCUUCAACAUGGGCCAACUCCGGCUGGGCUUUCGCCAGGUCGGGGUCCAGCUGCUGGGCAUCGUCUUCGUCGUGUGCCUCAACGUCGUCACCACCUCCAUCAUUUGUCUGCUGAUUCAGCUGGUGGUGCCGCUGAGGAUGUCGGAGGAGGACAUGGAGAUCGGGGACGAGGCGGCGCACGGGGAGGAGGCCUAUGCGAUUUGGGGCAGUGGGGAGAAGCAUGAACAGAGAGAUUUGAGCAUGUAG